AUGGUUAAUACUGACUUUGAGAAGAUAUACCUUAAUCAAUCGCGUUUUAAUGGGCGUAUGCGUAUUGCCGAUAGUGGGCUUGGAUGGAAAGUUAGUUCUAAUGUGAAUGCAAAUACCAAUAGUGCUCCAUUUUUAUUACCACUGGAAGAAAUAUUGACAUCAGCAUGGUCUCGUGGUAGUCGAGGAUACGAAUUAAGGGUGCAGACCAAGAAUCAAGGGGUUAUCUCGUUAGAUGGAUUUGAUGUUGAAGAUUUUAGUAAGUUGAAACAAGAAUUACAAAGAAAUUUUCAUAUUACCUUAGAACAUAAAGAACAUAGUUUAAGAGGAUGGAAUUGGGGUAAAACUGAUUUGGCAAGAAAUGAAUUGAUUUUCCAAGUGAACAAUAAACCAGCAUUUGAAUUACCAUAUAAUGAUAUCAGUAACUCAAAUUUGACUGGUAAAAACGAAGUUGCAGUUGAAUUUAAUUUAGAUAAUGGCCAAAAAACAGGAGAUGAAGUUGUUGAAAUGAGAUUUUAUAUACCAGGAGUUAUUGAAAAUGAAACAGAGAAUAUGGUUAAAGAUGAAGAAGAUGGAGAAAUGAAGCAAGAAAUAGAAGAAGUUAACGCUGCAAAUGUAUUUUAUGAACAAUUAAAAGAUAAAGCUGAUAUUGGACAAAUUGCCGGUGAAGCAAUUGUAUCAUUCAGUGAUGUAUUAUUCUUAACUCCAAGAGGUCGUUACGAUAUUGAUAUGUAUCCAACUUCUUUAAGAUUACGUGGUAAAACAUAUGAUUAUAAAAUUCAAUAUAAACAAAUUGAAAGGAUUUUUUCAUUACCAAAACCGGAUGAAUCACAUCAUUUAAUUGUUUUACAAAUCGAUCCUCCUUUAAGACAAGGUCAAACCCGUUAUCCAUUUUUAGUUUUACAAUUUGUUCGUGAAGAAGAAAUUGAAUUAGAAUUAAAUGUUUCUGAAGAAGAAUAUAAUUCAAAAUAUAAAGAUCGUUUGAAGAAAAACUAUGAUUCUCAAGCUCAUUUAGUUAUGUCUCAUUGUUUCAAAGGUUUGACUGAACGUAAAUUGGUUACACCUGGAAGUUUUACUUCUCGUUUCUUACAACCAGGUAUUUCUUGUUCUUUGAAAGCUUCUGAAGGUUAUUUAUAUCCUUUAGAUAGAUGCUUUUUAUUUGUCACCAAACCAACAGUUUAUAUUCCGUUUUCGGAAGUCAGUUCCAUAACAAUGUCAAGAACUGGUACUGGUGUUUCUGCUUCCCGUACUUUUGAUUUAGAAAUUAACUUGAGAGGUAAUAAUCAAUCUCAUAUUUUUGGUAGUAUUGAUCGUGAAGAACAAGAAUCAAUUGAAAAUUUCUGUCAAUCAAAAGGUCUUAGAAUUAAAAACGAAGAAAAAGUUGCUAAGGCAAUGUUGGCUAAAGCUAUUAAUGAAGCUGAUGAUGAUGAUGAUGAUGGCGAUGUUGAUAUGGGUAGUGCUGGUGAUGAUGAACUGGAAGAUGAUGGCGAUUUCCAAAGUGGUUCUGAUUCAGACGUGGCUGAAGAAUUCGAUUCGGAUGCCCCCGCUGAAAGUGAUUCUGAAAGCGGUGGUGAUGAUAGACCUCCAAAAAAGAAGUCGAAAAAUUAA